CAAUAUUCCGUUGUCUAGGUGGAGCAGUCUAGGUGGAGUAGUUAGGGUGUGUCAGACCAAACACGUCACUUUCUCUAGUUUCAUGUGUCGGGCUGGACAUUUUAGGACAGGGAGUCGUCUAGCGACUAACACAACCUACCUGGACCCUUUACAAAAGCGCGUGUCGAAGUUUUUUUUUAAUCUGUCCAACAAUUCGACACAAAACAGCUGAUCUAUCACGACUCAAGUUCAUAUCGACGGAAGACAAUUUGAAGUUAGUGAACCCAACCCAUUGGAGGGAGAACAAUUAUAAACAGACCUUUGUGGAAAUGGCAGCAACAUGGCAUUUACACAUUUACAUGUUAUUAAUCACAAUGCUUUCCGUUGGGAACGCAUGGUUUCUCCCCAUUUCCAUCCGAGUAUUCGUGCCAGAGACGAUCCCGACCGGUUAUGAAAUUAAAGUGGAUAGCCUCAACACCACCGAGGCAUUACAGUUCGCUUCGAGCGAUGGUAAUUUCUCGGUUGGAAGUGGAGCCAUCUUUGCGUUAUCCAGCACUGUGGUCCCGCUGACGGGUUGCCGGUUCUCGGUACGUGCGCUGGACGCUAGCGGAAACACUAAAGUCAUGGAAGUCAAUCUGCUCCGUGAGCCGAGUGCAGCGCCUUCAAGACUGGUGGAGAGGCGGAUCAGGCGCUUCCUGAAGCGGGCCAAGAGAGAGUGGAGACCGCCACCGUUCAACAUCAUGGAAAACGGCAAGGGGCCUUUUCCGAAAGACCUCGACCAUAUUGGGUCGAACUCGGCGAUGAACCACUCAGUGUACUACACCGCCGAGGGGCCGGGGGUGACCAUGACUCCGGUCGGGCUUCUCACUCUGAGCAAAGAUGGAAGGUUGAAGGUCAACAGGGAUAUCGACCGGGAGGUGUACCCCCAGUUAGAAUUUACGGCCAGAGUUUAUGAAUUCGGCACCGACAGAGAGACAGACAAACCGCUGACUGUCACGGUCAUCGUGGACGAUGAGAAUGACAACCCACCUGAAUUCGUGGGCCCUCUUUUGUUCAAAGUGCCCGAGGCAUCCAAACCAGGAAAAGUAGUGGGCCGGGUCCAGUCCACCGAUAAGGACCAAGCCAACACCCUUCACACCAAGAUCAGCUACUCUCUCUUGACGGGGGGGGAUCUGUUCUCCAUCAAUGCCGAGUCUGGCUUCAUUAUAGUGAAGAGCGACCAACUGGACCGAGAGACCCUGGAGAAACAUUUGGUGACAGUGCAAAUCAAAGACAUGGGUGGUAGUCAAAACGGGUUGGUGGCCACAGCCACGGCCACCAUUACUCUGGAAGACAUCAACGACAACGCUCCGAAGUUCACACAGCAAUCGUACGAUAUAAACGUCGACGAGAACGAAGAAGGAAUGCUUAUCCUCCGGAUUCCGGUCGAAGACAAGGACGCGCCGAAAACACCCAACUCGGAGGCUGUGUUUAGAAUCACAGAAGGAAAUGAAGAUAACCACUUCAGGAUCGAAACAGAUCCUGUGACCAAUGAAGGACUGCUGUACGUAGCCAAGUCUCUGGACUACGAGAAAACCAAGAAGGUGGAUCUAAAGAUCCAGGCGCAGAAUAAGGCCCCCUUGGAGGGCGUCGCAGCCACCUGGCUCAGCAUUCCCGUGGCGGUCGGGGUGAACAACGUCGACGAGGGCCCCGAGUUCAGGGCCCCCAACAUCCGCCUCACCGUGAAGGAGAACACACCCAACGGCACCGUCAUCGGUAGCUACGUUGCUAAGGAUCCCGAAACCAGCAGUGCCGGCGGCAUCAAGUACUACAAGGUCACCGAUCCCGCCGGAUGGGUCAAUGUGGACAUGAACAGCGGGGAGCUGAUGGUGGCCAACACCAUUGACAGGGAGGCGCCUCAUGUCGUACAAGGGCUCUACAACAUCACCAUGAGGGCCGUGGAUGCGAACAAGAAGUCCGCCGUGGGGACCGUGACCCUGGUUGUGGAAGACGAGAACGAUAAUAUCCCAAUGCUCCCCAGCAAAGAGAUGUCUUUGUGUGAGAGGGAGGGCCAUCUUGGCUCCGUGGUGAUCAAAGCCUUCGACCCUGACAGCAGUCCCUUCGGCGCGCCCUUUCUCUUCACCCUCCCCAAAGACAAUGACGGCAAUUGGGCGUUGACGAACGUAAACGCUACGCAGGCUACCUUAGAGCAGAAAAAAGAGCUCCCAUUGGGGAUCUACAGCGUGCCCGUAAUGGUGACAGACCUGCAGGGGUCGGGCACUGUACAGACGGUCAAGGUGAAGUUAUGCCACUGCAGCAGAGGGGUCUGUGUGCCCACGAGCUAUAGCAUUGGCCUGGGCCCCCUCGGGAUCCUGACUCUUCUGCUGCCCCUGCUGCUGCUGCUGCUGCUAGGGAUCCUCCUCGCGCUGUUCUGUGCCACAAAGCAUGAGAAGAUGGAGAUGGAAGACAUGGGAGACAGCGGUGGCAUCUUGCUCAAAUCUAACAUUGAGGUCCCGGGGGAGGAAGUGGUGGAUUCCAAACUCCCCGGGUACGACAUGCCGGGCUCGGUGAAGGGUUCAAUGAAUAACGUGGGCUGGCCGGGCAAAAGCUCAAGCACCAUCGGAUUCGGCACCCUAGACAACCGCCAGCACCUGGUGCAGGGCUUCAGACAGAACACCCUCUCCAAGGGCCAGUUCACCAACAGCCAGUACGGCACAGGCCAGUUUGGCCAGUAUGAGGAGACACAGUACAUGGACAACAACAUGGCAGUCAACAAUCUACAGUUCUCCCAGGACGAGUCGGCGCUGUACCAAACCUGGGCGACCAACGGCAUUUACCUCGACGAGUUUAUCGGGAAGAGCUCUUCAGGGAAUCCACUCGGCCAAUUACCAAUGUACUAAGCUGGCCCACCUGGACACGGACCCUGACGCCGCCGGGGCAGAGGACGUUCUGCACCCCUACGGGUUCGAGGGGGUGGGCUCUCUGGCCGGCUCGGUGGGAUGCUGCAGUGACAUUGACCAUAAGGAGGACCUGAACUUCCUCGACACACUGGGGCCAAAGUUCAAAACCCUGGCCAGCGUGUGCACCAAGAAGUGAACAAGGGGCCACCACGAAUCGUUGUUUGUUUUUUUGUUGUUUUUUUGGGGGUUUUCUCUUCAAAGAUGCGCUGUGUCGCAGGCGGAUGUGGAUUUUUGGGGGGUACAUGGGACAUGAUGGAGAGGAAGGAGUUAAAGCAAAUGGGUUUGCAUCUACACACACACACGGGCACACACACACACGCAAACUAGUCUGCACACUGAACUGUUUAUCUUUUUAUAUUUUUUAUUCUGUCCUUCAAAAACUUUGCACUGAAAACCAGUUAUGUAGAUAGACGUUUUUUUUUAACGAGAUUGUAUUUUCAGUUUUUUGGGCUGUUGGAGUCAUGGGGCGGUGUUGAUUAACGGUUAUCCCACUGCCAUGUUCGCAGGAGAGGUGAGGUUUACCUUUUCCUUUUUGCAUAAAUUAUCCAAUGUUUAGAUUAGGCCUAGUUUUCAGGGCUGAACUGCACCAAACAAAUACCAGUUCCCGACGAGAAGCUAACGUCUUUGUUUACGAGGACCGAUGUCACCGCUGUCAACCGCGAUGACGCGAGCGGGUUUCGGGGAGUGUAGCGCUUAGAGCGCACACUCGCGGCGUAAGGGUGUUGUUGUGCAGCUCUGAGCCGCAGGUCAGGAGGGGCGCGUCAGGGAGCGUCUGCCUGCAGCUAAUCCCUGUGAAAGGCUGCAAGAGGGUGCGACUGGGAGGCCAGGGUUUGGCCGGCGAGCUGACACUAAUUCGUCACAAAAAGAAGAACAGAAAGAAAUGCCAAGUCUAUGACUAAAUGUACGUGUAAAGAUUGCGAAAAACGACCAAACAAAAACCCUCACCCAGUACCAAGUGAUGCAAUAAAGUUAUAAAUGUCAUUGGA